AAGCGCACGGGCGCUGAUCAACUUUGCACGGACUGAACAACAAAAUGCCACUGCGAUCAGAGCCAGCCACUUCGUGUUAGGCGGUUCGCGAGGAUGUGGAAGAGCUUUGGUCAUUUAUAACCUGGAUUUAAAGACGAAAAACGUCAGAGACUCUAGGGUUUUCGACAUCGGAUGCAUAUUUUUUUAAAAUAAAGCUAGCAAUCCAGCUAGCUACUUCUAUAUUUUUCUGAUUCGGGAGCGUAUGUGCGAUGGUGUAAUGGCAGUGCUAUGCACAUCCGGGCCACAAUGCCGUGACUCCAUUAUUGUCCAUUCACUGUGAAAGUGGCGAGAGGGAGAAAACUGAAAGAUUUAUUUUAUAUAGCUAUAUAUUGUAAAUAUUUUUAACCAUUAGUCAAGCUGGAACGCAAAGGGACAUGUCUAACCAAGGGGUUAGGAGAAACGGCCCAGUGAAACUGCGUUUGACAGUCCUGUGUGCGAAAAACCUGUCGAAGAAAGACUUCUUUCGACUGCCUGACCCCUUUGCCAAGGUGGUAGUGGAUGGGUCAGGACAAUGCCACUCUACGGACACUGUGAGGAACACGCUCGACCCCAAGUGGAACCAGCAUUAUGACCUAUACAUCGGCAAAUCUGACUCCAUCACCAUCAGCGUGUGGAACCACAAAAAGAUCCACAAGAAGCAGGGGGCCGGAUUCCUGGGCUGCGUGCGGCUCCUGUCCAAUGCCAUCAACCGACUCAAAGACACCGGCUAUCAGAGGCUAGACCUGAACAAGCUGGGGCCCAACGACAACGACACCGUGAGGGGGCAGAUCGUGGUGAGUCUCCAGUCCAGGGACCGGAUAGGCACGGGCGGCCCCGUGGUGGACUGCAGCCGCCUUUUCGACAACGACCUGCCCGACGGCUGGGAGGAGCGGAGGACUGCCUCUGGCCGGAUCCAGUACCUCAAUCACAUCACACGCACCACGCAGUGGGAGAGGCCUACCAGGCCAGCGUCUGAGUACUCCAGCCCCGGGCGACCCCUCAGCUGUUUGGUGGAUGAGAACACCCCCAUCAUGGGCACCAACGGGGCCACGUGCGGCCAGUCCAGUGACCCCCGCGCCCAGGAGAGGCGGGUGCGCUCCCAGAGACACAGGAACUACAUGAGCAGGACACAUCUGCACACACCUCCAGACCUUCCAGAGGGCUAUGAACAGAGAACAACUCAGCAAGGCCAGGUGUACUUCCUGCACACUCAGACGGGCGUGAGCACGUGGCAUGACCCCCGAGUGCCCAGGGACCUGAGCAACGUGAACUGCGAGGAGCUGGGGCCGCUGCCCCCAGGCUGGGAGAUCCGCAACACCGCCACGGGCCGCGUCUACUUCGUCGACCACAACAACCGCACCACUCAGUUCACCGACCCUCGCCUCUCCGCCAACCUGCACCUGGUCCUGAACAGCCCGAGCCCUAACGGUUCCCGCGUUGGCAUCGAGAGCCAAAACAGUAACUUCAGCCGUCAGAACCAGCUGAAGGAGCAGCAGCCCCAGCAGGUGCUGUCCCCGGGCCAGCUGCCCGAGGAGGCCGAGUGCCUGACGGUGCCCAAGUACAAGCGGGACCUGGUGCAGAAGCUGAAGAUCCUGCGGCAGGAGCUGUCCCAGCAGCAGCCUCAGGCGGGACACUGCCGCAUAGAGGUGUGCCGCGAGGAGAUCUUCGAGGAGUCAUACCGCCAAGUGAUGAAGAUGAGGCCGAAAGACCUGUGGAAAAGACUGAUGGUGAAGUUUAGGGGAGAGGAAGGCCUGGAUUAUGGAGGGGUGGCCAGGGAGUGGCUGUAUCUGCUGUCCCACGAGAUGCUGAACCCUUACUACGGCCUGUUCCAGUACUCACGCGAUGACAUCUACACACUGCAGAUCAACCCCGACUCGGCCGUCAACCCGGAGCACCUGUCCUAUUUCCACUUUGUGGGCCGGAUCAUGGGCAUGGCGGUGUUCCACGGCCACUACAUCGAUGGAGGCUUCACACUCCCGUUCUACAAGCAGCUGCUGGGGAAGCCCAUCACCCUCGACGACAUGGAGUCUGUGGACCCUGACCUGCACAAAAGCCUGGUCUGGAUUCUGGACAAUGACAUCACGGGGGUGCUGGACCACACCUUCUGCGUGGAGCACAACGCCUACGGCGAGAUCAUCCAGCACGAGCUCAAGCCCAACGGCAAGAGUGUCCCCGUCACCGAGGACACCAAGAAGGAGUACGUCAGGCUCUACGUCAACUGGAGGUUCCUGCACGGCAUCGAGGCGCAGUUCCUGGCCCUGCAGAAGGGCUUCAACGAGGUCAUCCCCCAGCAUCUGCUCAAGUCCUUCGACGAGAAAGAGCUGGAGCUCAUCGUCUGCGGCCUGGGCAAGAUCGACAUCAACGACUGGAAGUCCAACACGCGGCUGAAGCACUGCACCCCCGACAGCAACAUCGUCAAGUGGUUCUGGAAGGCGGUGGAGUCCUACGACGAGGAGCGGCGGGCGCGGCUGCUGCAGUUCGUCACCGGCUCCUCCAGGGUCCCGCUGCAGGGCUUCAAGGCUUUGCAAGGUGCCGCCGGCCCCCGCCUCUUCACCAUCCAUCAGAUUGACGCCAGCACUAACAAUCUGCCCAAAGCCCACACCUGCUUCAACCGGAUCGACAUUCCGCCGUACGAGAACUACGACAAGCUGUAUGAUAAGCUGCUGACAGCCAUCGAGGAGACCUGUGGGUUUGCGGUGGAGUGAGUGACAGGCCGAGGGGAGUGGGGUGUGCGGCCAGACUCCCACCAACGCAGCUGUCACCGG